AUCAUUUUCUUUCUUUCUUUCUUUUUUUUUUCUCUCUAUCUCUCACCAAUCCGCCCCAAAAUGGGUGGACCUUGAUCUUUUCCCUGAAAUUUCUCUUCAACUAUCGACUGAAACAUUUACUCUUUCAAAUGUAACAGCCAGCCAACGGCAAUUCAUGGCAGUGAGUGAUGGUGGUACACAUAGAAAGAAGAAAAAAGAAACUGAUGUAACAAGAUUGAGUUAAUAAAUAGUAAAAAAUGACAUGCAAUAAAUGUUUUAGAUUGCAGUGAUAAACAAGUAAGGAAGGAGGUGAGGCUGGGGAGGAGACCGGGUGGGUCAGAGGCACACGUUUUACGCAGGCAAUUCCAUGUGCCCACAUGGAUAAUUGGAGAGACCCUAGCAAUUUUGCGGAGGGAAAAUAAAAAACCCACAAACACAAACCAAAACAUGAACAAUUACAACAUCAUCAAACGACAACUGAAACACCCACAACCAUAUCUCGCAAGUUAACACACUACUUCACCUCCCCUCUUUUCACGCUCCACCAAUAAUAAAAAAGUUUCAAGCUUUCAAGUUAGUGGGGUGAGUGACAAAAACAAGAAGAAGUAGAAGAAGCAUAAGAAAGAUGAACGAAGGAAAUGAUGGGUUUGUGAGAGCAGAUCAGAUUGAUCUGAAGAGCAUCGAUGAGCAGCUCGAGAGGCACCUCAGCAAGGUUCUGAUGAAGCAGAAGGAAGAGGACGAUGCUGGCUCUGAUCAUUCUCGUCACUCUAGCUCCUUUGCCACUGCAACUAAGUUCAAAAGUGUUGCGGGUAGUGCUGGCGCCACUACCUUCAAGAAGCAGAGGCAGGAGUGGGAAAUUGACCCUUCUAACCUCAUCAUCAAGAGUGUCAUAGCCAGGGGAACCUUCGGCACUGUCCACCGCGGCAUCUACGAUGGCCAAGAUGUUGCUGUUAAAAUGCUGGACUGGGGUGAAGAAGGGCACCGGACAGAGGCUGAAAUUGCUGCCCUCAGGUCAGCGUUUACACAAGAAGUUGCUGUUUGGCAUAAACUUGAACAUCCUAAUGUCACCAAGUUUAUAGGGGCAACAAUGGGGUCGUCAGAAUUACAGAUACAGACUGAUAAUGGUCUAAUUAGCAUGCCAAGCAAUAUCUGCUGUGUCGUUGUAGAGUAUCUUGCUGGAGGUACGCUGAAAUCUUUCCUAAUAAAGAAUAGGAGGAGGAAGUUAGCUUUUAAGGUUGUCAUCCAGCUGGCACUUGAUCUUGCAAGAGGGCUGAGUUAUCUUCACUCUCAGAAGGUUGUCCACAGAGAUGUAAAGACAGAGAACAUGCUGUUGGACAAGACACGCACUGUCAAAAUUGCUGAUUUUGGAGUUGCACGUGUUGAAGCAUCAAAUCCUAAUGACAUGACUGGGGAGACUGGUACACUUGGUUACAUGGCUCCUGAGGUUUUGAAUGGCAACCCCUAUAACAGGAAAUGUGAUGUGUACAGUUUUGGCAUCUGUUUGUGGGAAAUAUAUUGCUGUGACAUGCCAUAUCCUGACCUAAGUUUCUCAGAGAUUACUUCCGCUGUUGUUCGGCAGAAUCUGAGACCAGAAAUACCAAGAUGUUGCCCAAGUUCUUUGGCAAACGUGAUGAAACGAUGUUGGGAUGCCAAUCCCGAUAAACGGCCCGAAAUGGAUGAGGUAGUUGCCAUGAUAGAGGCCAUUGACACAUCCAAAGGUGGAGGUAUGAUCCCUGUUGAUCAGCAGCAGGGUUGUUUUUGCUUCCGUAAGCACAGAGGACCUUGAUCCUUACUCCAACAAUCUAUUAUGAUUUUUAGCUAUUCAAAGAAUCAAUAUGUAUCUAUGGUGAGAAAACAGGAUUGGAAAGCCAAGAUGAGAGGAAUAUACAAUAGAGGGUAUAGGAAGGAGAAGCUGGUGAUGUGUCAAUUCUUAUGUAAAUCCAUAACUUAUUUUCUUUUAUUCUUACUUCUUUUCUGUUUGGGUUUUUUGGGUAUGAAUACUACUUGGCAAUGUUGCUGGACUGGCCUUGUAACCUUGUAAGAUUUUCGUUAUACUGUUGUAAUCUUGAUUUAUGUGAUUAAAUUGGAUCUAUUUGCUAGAUA